AUGUUGAUCUUAAUCAACGGCUGUGGAGAGAAUCUAUACAUGUCCAGCAACAAGAGAAGCUGGAGUCAUGCUAUCCAGUCCUGGUACGACGAGGUGAAAGACUGGCGCUAUGGAGCGGGAUCCAUCAACGGAGAGGAUGUCGGCCACUUUACACAGGUUGUUUGGUACAGGUCCAACCUUGUUGGCUGUGCUAUGGCCCACUGUCCAGGCUCUCGGUACAGUUACUUCUAUGUCUGCCAAUACUGCCCACCUGGAAACUACCAGUUAUCUCGCCCCUACAAGAGAGGACCCUCUUGUGGUGACUGCCCCAACUCUUGCGACAACGGACUGUGCACCAACCCCUGCAAAUACACUGACAGGUACAAUAACUGUCCUAGUCUGAAGAGGCAGCAUGGCUGUGGCCACAGGAAAGUGGCUGCCUGGUGUCCGGCCUCCUGCAGGUGCAGCAGUGAGAUCAUUUAA